AUGUCCGACAACAAAGCUGAAGCCCGUCGCCAGGACGCGUUGGAGAAAGAACGCGACAAGAUGCGCGAGGAGUUCCAGCGCCAAAAGCAGCAACUCAUCAACGAGACCGAGAAGGCUCGACCGUCGUCGAGCCGAUUCGUUGGCCAGAAUGAUUCCAUGGAGGACUCUCUCAAGAAGCACACGGUCGGUCUUGUGCGGCUAGAGGACUUUCAGCAGCGGCGCAAGGAGAUUGAAGAAGCCAAAGCCAGAGAGGCGGCCAAGACGAACGAACUCAAAGAUGAGCAGAAAAAAGUGAAGAAGAGGAAGAAGGCUGGGAAGUCAACGUUGUCAUUCGCCCUGGACGACGAUGAAGGGGACGAACCGUUGCCGAAAGACAGCGACGCCGACAGUGCUCAACCUACGAAGCGCACUAAGCUCCGGAAGAACCCCCUGGCUGACACGUCUUUCCUUCCGGACCGUGAGCGCGAGGAGGCGGAGCGCCGGGAGCGAGAACGGCUGCGCCAGGAGUGGCUACGCAAACAGGAAGAACUCAAGAACGAGGACAUUGAGAUCGUGUACUCGUUCUGGGAUGGAAGCGGCCACCGAAAGAGCGUGAUGUGUAAGAAGGGGGACGAAAUCGGCACUUUCUUGGAGAAGGCACGCCAGCAAUUUCCGGAGCUUCGCUCUGUUAGCGCUGAUAACCUCAUGUACGUGAAGGAGGAUCUCAUUAUACCUCAUCACUACACAUUUUACGACUUCAUCAUCAACAAAGCUCGCGGAAAAUCUGGGCCUCUAUUCAAUUUCGACGUGCAUGACGAUGUCCGCAUGCUCGCCGACGCCACGGUUGAGAAGGACGAGUCUCAUGCCGGAAAGGUCGUGACUCGAAGUUACUAUCAGAGGAACAAACAUAUUUUCCCAGCCUCGCGAUGGGAGGUAUACGAUCCUGAGAAAGACUACGGAAAAUAUACCAUUGCAUGAGGGCCAAAUCCACUUUGUACAUAGCCCCUCUAUGAC